AUGACUAUCUAUCUAACCGCACCCAGCUUGCCCUACCGGCCCUUCACUCCCUCUCCUUCAACCAGCUACCCCUACUUCGUCCGUCCAGAACCCGUCGACGCACAACAGCAGCCCUUUCAGCCCUUCCACAUGGCUCCCCAAACCACCAUUCUCAGCGCCGGCGCCUGUGUCAUCUUGGGCAAGCUCAAAACACGAAGCGCGUUGCACAUCAAGCUCCUCGGCGAAGACGUCGAGCGCCUGCGCGACUUCAAUCCAGGUAUUGAGAGCCAUGAUAAGCAGAGCAUCCUAGGUGACGUGGGUAUCCUACUCCAGCUCCGCAGCCAAACCGCAGAGUCUGCUCUCGCUGUCACCAAAGGACCGGAGGCCAAGCUAUCGAAAGUCAAGAACAUGGAACUCAAGAAACUGGUUGAAAAGAUGAGGGCGAAGAAAAGUCGGUUUGGAAACUACGUCAAGGUCGUCGAGGACAAGUGGCGCGAGCUCGAUACCAGAAAGACGGCUACUGGCGAGGAAGGGCUUGUUUACCACAAGGAUCUUGGUCUGUUGAUGCAGUUUUCUACUGAUCAACGCUGUGCUGUUGUGGAGAAGUUGCUGGGCCUGAUUCAGGCGGGUGUCAUUAGAGAUGAUGGCUCCGAGGUGCUCAUGGGCAGGAAGAGCUUUGAGUUUUACUACCUGAAAGAGGAGAAGGACAAGUGGGUUGUUGUUGCUCAAGAAGAUACUGCUGUUGGAGAGAAACAGGUGGAGGCGGUUGGUGAUAGAGUUGUUGCUGCCCAGGAAGUUGUGGGUGUUGAAGACAAGAAGUGCAAGACAGAGGACGACGCUACUGGAAGCAAGAAACGCAAGAUAGAGGGCGAGCAUGUUGAAGACAAGAAGUGCAAGACAGAGGACAACGCUACCGGAAGCAAGAAACCCAAGGCAGAGCUCAUGCUGCCGCUGAACCUAGUAUACGGGCUUCAGAAGAAAGUCAGCGAGGGUGUUCCUAGGGAGUAUGUUCCUUGGCCGAAUGAGUGGAAGUGUAAGAGGUGUGGAUGGUGGAGCCGGGGACAGUGGUGCACAAGGCUGGUUCGAGGCAGGGCGAUCUGCAUUGGACAACGUGAGAGGAAUAAUUGA